GUGUAACAGCUAUAACUUUGAAAGCGAUGUUCCUGCAGCGCACGAAUUAAUCAUACCGAGUUCGAGAAUCCAGUGUCAUGAAACUUACUCCACAGCAAGCUCCGUUAUAUGGUGAGUGUGUCCUUACAGUGCAGCUGUGUGAUGAAGACAGCUUUGAGGAUGAGGAGGAUGUAGAGUUCUACCUGCUGCUCUCUGGCUCCACCCAGAGGCACGUCACCAGCACUGCAAGGAUCAGCCAUGCCAAGCUGCAGGCCAUCUGCCCUGCCCACGACUGCUGCGAGUGGGUGCAGGCCACGCUGUGCUGGGCGAGGCCGGGCCAGCCGGUGGCCAUGGUCGGGGCGGAGCAGUUCCGGUUCGUGCAGGACCUGGCCUUCGACAUGGCGCAGUUCCUGGUGAGCGUGGCGGGGCAGGAGGACGGCCUGGAGGGCGCCAUGCUGCUGGACGAGUGCCAGGUCCCCCUGCAGGAGUGGGAGCGGCUGGACAUGGGUUUGGCGCUGGCCCUGCGACACCUGCCACUCCCACAGGGCUGGCACCUGCUGGGGGCAGAGAAUGGGGACCCCGUCCCCCAGGAGACCCUCCUGCAUUUCGCGGCCAGACGGGGGCUCUGGCGAGUCGCCCUGUUCCUGCUGGAUCAGCCGGGAGCCAGGGAGGCGCUGGCACUCCCCAACAAACAGGGAGCGACUCCGGCCAGCGUGGCCGAGAAGAGGGGACACAGCAAGCUCCAGCAGCUCCUCACUCAGGGGAAGGGUAUGCUGGAAGGCACUGACACCCCCUGGCAGAUGCGGUCAGGAGGGCACGUGGUCCGACACCACCCCAGACUGGACACCUACACCCUGACCACCGGCACCGAGCCGGGCUGUGCUCCACCCAGGCUGCAGGAGGAGGAAAGAAGUACAGUUCAGCCACGGUCUGAAACCAGGCGCCGCCCAGAAACGCUGACGGCUCGGGGCAGUUUGGGGCAGGCGGAGCACGGCUGUCCCCUCCCAGCGGGACCGGGGUCCCCUCCCAGCACGUGUCCCGAGCAGCACAGGGAGGAGUCUGCAGGAGGCCAAGGGAAGGAGGGAGAUCCCCCCCACCCCCCUGACUCCUCACAGCCCCCCCAUAACCAUGGAAACGGCACAGAGGAGAGGGUGUUGCUGCGCGAAAACCGCGGCGGAGAUUACGAAGUGCGAGAGGAAGAGGAGGCGUGGCCGGCGGCUGCCUGCGCCGGGGACUCGGGGAGAGAGUCAGAGCCGAGCAGCUGUGAGCAGAGCCAGGCGGCGCAGCAGAGCUCAGCUCCAGGCAGGCUGCCCUGUGGAAAACAAGAGGAAACCGAUACACAGCAGGCAGGCUCAGAGGAGACUGAGGAACACAGGCAGGAAGAGGAGAGAGGCACAGAGCAGACGGAGGAGGGGACCAGGGCACAGACAGCCGAUAAAGCACUCUCCCUCAGCGACAGCCCCCUGCUGCCGGACAUGGGGCUCACACAGUCCCAGGAGACACCUCUCUCCGAAACGCAGGGGCAGGGAACGGGAGGGGGAGAGAGGGAGAACGGAGGGGUGGAGGAGAGGAGCUGUGCUGUGGACGAGGCAGAGGACGGGGAGGAGGGAUCGGAGUGUUGGAGUCCUCCAAGCCCCCCCGAGGAGGAGCCUCAGUCGGGGACGAGAGGCCUGGGAGAGAGUGAGGAAACAGCUGCAGGGGAGCGUGAGGGAGAGAGAGAGUACAGCGACUGCGAGCGCAGCAGCCAGACCGAGUCAGAGCCAGAGCUGUCCGCCAGCCCCAAGACCGGGCCGGGGAGCACCAGGAGGGAACCCCCACAGGGAGAGGGUGCGCUAGAAUGUCCCAGACUGGUGGAGCAGGAGGGGGCGCUCCAGGUACCUAUUCCUACAGCUCCUGCCCUUGAGCCGCUGCCUGUGGAAACAGACUGCACAGCACACCCCACCGCUGACACGCCCCCCCAGGAGAGCCCAGAUGGGGCCCCUGACACUGCACCUGAGUGUGAGGAACGCCCAUCCACUGAAGAUGAUGUCACUUCCUCUGCUCUGCCAGGCGAUGGGGAUGAAGGCUAUGAUGUGAGCAGAGAGAAGAAGGAAGACUCGCUCCAAGCUGCCACAGACGAGGCGUUCCACCUGCCUGAGGUGGGGUCAGAGACUGGGGUCUCCACAGAAACGGUGGAGCUGGAGGGGGGCCCCCUGGGAAAAGAAGAAGCUGGUAAACUGUCAGAGCUGGCAGACUCCCAGCACCCUUUGGGAGGGGACGGUGAGCUCAGUGAUGUCCAGAGAGAGGCAGGUGAGGAGACUGUGCCCAACCCACAGCUACCGUCCAACCAGGACACAGCGGAGCUGUCGCCCGAGGGAGAGGGUGAAGACCCCAUCACCACUGGUGCAGCAGACCUCCCCUGUCCCCAGGGCCUGGCACUGACCCUGCAGAGUGUGGAGGAGGAAUGUGAGGAGGAGGAGGAGAGGAAGAGGACGAGCUGUGAAAGCCUACACUCCACACCAGAGGGAGGGGCAGUGAGUCUGUCAGUGGGGGACAUGGAGGCCAGUCAGACAGGACCUUCCCCUGAUUUGGAGACAGACAUAGGGGAUGCCACAAAGAUCCAGAGAGAGAAGGACUCUGUUGUGUGCUGUGAUCCCAGCACCGCCACGCCGGGGGAGAGGAGGGAGAGUGCAGAUUCCUCAGAAUCCCCGGUGUGUCCCGGCUCUCCUGGAGCAGGCAGCUGCGUGUCUGCCAGCCAGCAGGACUCCUGUAGCGAUGGAGACGGCCUCUUCAGCGCAGACACCGGUGACGACAGCAUCUUCCGGAGGGUGUAUGAGUCAGUUACGGGGGACAGCACCAGCGAGGUGUCAAUAUCAUGCUCCUCCACGGAUGACACCACAAGCGUGGGACCGCCAGGCUCCGCCCACCACAGCUGCACGGGGUCCCAGAGGAGCUGGAGCUCGGAGGAGGUGCAGCAGCCGGGGGGUGGAGCUGGGGGAGAGGCGGAGGAGGAGAAGGACCGCGUGACGGAGGUGCUGGUACGGUCCGCGGCCUCCCGCUCCUCGGAUCAGUCCCUCUCCCCCUUUCGCCGGCACAGCUGGGGUCCCGGCAAGAACCCCGAGGGAGAGGCGGAGAUCGGCCCACGCAGGUCAGUGCUCCCAUUGGUCCUCCGACAGCACCGCCAGCACCCAGACCACACCCACAUCACACACGUGCCUCACUCAUGUCACCCCCAGGCCACACCCACACUGCUCACCCAGACCACACCCACCAUGCUCACCCAGACCACACCUACCAUGCUCACUCAAACCACACCCACACUGCUCACCCAGACCACACCCACCACGCUCACUCAAACCACCCCCACACUGCUCACCCAGACCACACCCACCAUGCUCACCCAGACCACACCCACCAUGCUCACCCAGACCACACCCACCUACAGCACAGCACUCUCUAGCUCUAUGCUCACUUUUCUACAUUACAGUCUGGAGGGCCUGACCGCAAACAGGGAUGCAGUGAAGCUUUCCCUCCAGCAGGGGGCACUACCCCCAGACCCGCGCAGUGAGGAGAGCGAGGAGAGGGGAUCGCUGGUGUCCCUGACUGAGGAAGACCUGGAGUCUGACCUGGGGGAGUGCAGCAGUCUGGACAGCCAGAAGUCAGGAGGACACCGGAUUCCCAGGUACAUUCGCGGCUCCAUGACCUUGCCCCUCACCAAGUCUGUGUCCCUGCUGGCCAUCAACCAGAGGGAUCUGGACGGCAUGAGGUCUUUCUCCAGUGUGUCUGCAUCUCUGGCAUACAGCAUCUCGGAGGAGGGCCAGGGGCCCCUGAGGGCCGACGUGGAGGGGAAGAGCGGGACGAAGGUGGGCCGCACGUUCAGCUACCUCAGGAGUAAGAUGUACAAGAAGACUAAGGAGAAAGACAAGAUGAGAAGCAAAGAGAGGGAGGCCAAAGAGAGGGAGAGCCGCACAGUGAACGGACACCUCUUCAGUGCCGUGAACUCCGCCCCCUCCGUGCACUGCCUCCAGUGUUCCAAAGCUAUUGGGAAUAAGGAGGCCGCCUUCUGCACCAACUGCAAUGCACACGUUCACAAGAGCUGCAGAGAGGCGCUGCCUGUAUGCACCAGCAUCAGGUUGAAGACACAGUUGUAUGUAGAGCCAGAUACAGCUUCAUUACCUGGAAUCAAUUUGAAAGGCAAAUCUACUUCAUCGUGGGAGCGGCCCUGGUCUGUGCUGUUGGCAGCGGAUGACCCCUCCCUGGCGCUGGGCAUACGCAGACACACCGGCAUCAUGCCGUUCAACAGUAGUAACCUUUCAAAGAGCAUCUCAAUAAGCAACAUCGCAGGCCCGGUGUUUGAUGAGAUCCCACUGAAGGGCCUUCGUUACCUGUCCCAGUCAACUGACUCUCUCCACAAGAUCAGCAAGGUCAACGAGUCCACAGAGUCUCUGACAGACGAAGGGACAGAGAUGAUGGACAGUCAGCUGCUGGGCGAGUUCGAGGCCGACUCUAGAGAGCUGGAGGCUGACUCCUGGAGCAUCACUGUGGACAAGAAGUACCUGAGACAUCUCAAGAAGGACGUCAUCAAGAGACAGGAUGUGAUCUACGAGCUGAUCCAGACAGAGAUGCACCAUGUGCGCACGCUCAGGAUCAUGGCAGAUGUGUACAGCAAGGGGCUGCUGAAGGAGGUGCAGCUGGAGCCGCAGACGGUGGAGCGGGUGUUCCCCAUGCUGGACGAGCUGCUGGACAUCCACACCGGCCUCCUCGCCAGCCUGCUGGACAGGAAGAGGGAGUCGCAGCAGGAGGGCGGGGAAGGAGGCUUCAUCAUCCACAGAAUCGGAGACAUCCUCAUCGCCCAGUUCUCUGACAGCAGUGCUGAACGGAUGAAGAAGGUUUACGGUAAAUUCUGCAGCCGCCACAAUGAGGCGGUGAACUUCUACAAGGAGCUGUACGCCAAAGACAAGCGCUUCCAGGCCUUCAUUAAGAAAAAGAUGAGCAGCGCUCUGGUUCGAAGGCUGGGCAUCCCAGAGUGCAUAUUGCUGGUGACGCAGCGCAUUACCAAGUACCCAGUGCUGCUGCAGAGGAUACUGCAGUACACCAAAGAGAGCGAGGAGGAUCACACAGGUGUGGCCGAGGCCCUGCGGCUGGUGAAGGAUGUGAUUGCAGCGGUGGACAGCAAGGUGAAUGAGCACGAGAAGAAGAGGCGUCUGAAGGAGGUGUACAGCCGUACAGACAGCAAGUCCAUCAUGCGCAUGAAGAGCGGCCAGAUGUUCGCCCGGGAGGACCUUCUGCGGGGGCGGAGGCUGCUGCACGACGGGCCCCUGCAGCUGAAGAGCUCCACUGGCCGGCUCAAGGAUGUUCAGGCCCUGUUGCUCUCAGACGUCUUCGUCUUCCUGCAGGAGAAAGACCAGAAAUACGUGUUCGCCUCGCUGGACCACCGUUCCACGGUCAUCUCCCUGAAGAAGCUGAUCGUGCGGGAGGUGGCCAAUGAGGAGAGGGGCCUGUUCCUGAUCACGGCAGGCAUGGAGCAGCCGGAGAUGGUGGAGGUGCACGCCGGCUCCAAGGAGGAGCGCAAUACCUGGAUUCAGCUUCUGCAGGAGGCCAUGCACUCCAUGGACAAGGAGGAAGACGAGGGAAUUCCCAGUGAGAGUGAGGAAGACAAGAGGCUUCUGGAGGUGAAGGCCAAGGAGAUGAGAGACAUGCUGUGUAAGAAAGAUCAGCAGAUUGUGUCUCUGCUGGAGGAGAAGCUGAAGGUGUUCUGGGACAUGUGUGAGGGCAGGGGCCAUGAGGAUGGCCAGCCCAGUGGCAGAGUGCUGUUCCGGGCCAACACCGAGGACGCGGCCCGCGGGGAGCAGGCCAUGAGGGAGGCCCUGAAAGAAGUGGAGACGCUGCAGGUGCUGGUGAAUGGCAGUCUGGGUGCAGUGUUGGGGCAGCAGGUGUAUAUGCCGCUGGAGUCAGGAGGCACAGCAGGGAGUGUGUGGGCCCCUCGGCGAGCUGAAACCUUCAGCUGCUUCGACGGUCACCAGAUCCACAUCUCUAAGAAUGGGGGGAGAGACCAGGUAGAGGGUUCCCCUGACCUGCGGAGGACCGAAUCAGAUGGCCUUCUAAAGAAGGGGGGCGCCACCAACCCACUGCUGCUGCUGAGGAGGAACAGCGAGCAGGUCCUCCACAGUAUCUCCCACCUUCAUGAACUGCUGAGCACGCUGCAGGCGGUGGUGGUGCAGCAGGACACUGUGCUGGAGGAGCAGGGGCAGGCGCUGAGUGACCGGCCGGCCUCGCGCCCGUCCCCGCGGGCCACCUCCCUGAUCGAGCAGGAGAAGCAGCGCAGCCUGGAGAAGCAGCGGCAGGAGGCGGCCAACCUGCAGCGGCAGCAGGCCGCCCACGCCACCGAGCGCCGGCGCCGCGAGCGCGAGUGGGAGGCACGGGACCAGGCGCUGAGCGACCGCGAGGCCUGGCUCCACCUGCUGGAGGAGGAGACGCAGUGCGGGCACACGCAGCUGGAGGCCGAGCGGCAGGAGCUGCAGACGCAGAAGGAGGAGUAUCAGAGGGACCUGGAGAAGCUGAGAGAUUCCCAGAGGAAGCUGCAGAGGGACAGGGAGCAGGUGUGCCAGGAGCUGGAGGCCAGGCUGGCAGCUGUGAGUGAGAAAAGCAGCAGUAGGCUGCCCUCUAGUGCCUCGGAGGACUCCCUGCAGUCUCAGAGCCCAGGGGACUGCAUGCUGUCUUCUUCCCCACUGAAGGACUCCUUGAGCAGGAUAGGCUCCAAGCGGAAAGGGAAGAACCUGAACCCCUUCGCCUCGAACCCGAGCAAGGGCCAGAGCAGGGAGGGCCAGGGCCAGCUCUCCAGCAGACUGCUGCAGCUCGGGAAGACAAAGGGGAAGAAGGAGAAGAGGAAGAAGAAGGGAAAAGGGCAGAAUUCAGAGCCUGCAGAGUCUUCACUGCUUCCAGUCUCAGAGCAACCUGCAGAUGGAGAGAUCCUCUUCUGCUGACCUGUCUGUCCUCCACAAUCCCACAAUGCUUCACUCUCAAGAGAGCCCCUGAGGGGCCCAGCGUCUGCUCACCUGACACAUCCAUGAGGACGACAGGAUGUGGAAAUGACUCUUCCUCUAGACAUCUGCCCCCUUGUGGCUCGUUUAGGGAUGGCACUGCAACCUGUGGAUGCCUCAGAUACACACUGCAGAAUGAGAGUGGACCAUUUUGUGAGCUUGAUAAAAAAAACAGCAGAAACAUCCCUGGUGGCUGUGGUGUAAAUACAUGGAUCCUCAAAGGAGGGUGAGCACGGCCUGAUCUCCCAUGAUGCUCUGGGGGCGCUGAGGUCAGCAAAGAAAGUUUUGGCAGUGUGGAACACUGGAAGUUUCAAAGUUCUUGAG